CACCCAGCGCUCUAUCUAAUCUCUGGCUUCCAUCUCAGAAUCUCUCUCGCUCUCCUCUCUCUUCUCUCUCUCGCUGGUUUUCUUUCAAGUCAGGCUGCCGAUAAAACCCUUUAUUUCUCAGUCCUUUCAAAACCCUAGAAAAUGAUGUGCACAAUUCGCAUCCCCUCUGAAUGAUGCAAUUGCAUACAUUACAUACCAAUUCUCGCAAUUUGUGACGAUUAUUGCGGUGGUUUUCAGGCGUUGCCAUGCCCGGACAUUUGCGGGACCAGGCACUAUCUCUACUCGCCCAAGCCAACAACCAUGGCGAUUUGGCGGUGAAGCUCUCUUCUUUGAAGCAGGCCAAAGACAUAUUGGCCGCUGCCGGUCCUUCUAUCGCUCCAGAACUCUUCCCCUAUCUGGCUGAACUUCAGUAUUCCCCUGAAGCCCUAGUUCGGAAAUCCCUUAUCGAGGUGCUGGAAGAGAUUGGGUUGAAAGCAAUGGGACACUCUUCAAUAUUAAUGCCAGUCUUAUUGGCAUUGUUAAAAGACAAUAAUUCUGCUGUUGCAAGACAAUCCAUUGUCAGUGGGACCAACUUCUUUUGCAGCAUUCUGGAGGAGUUGUCAUUACAGUUCCAUCAGCAUGGUAUUGUUGAGAGGUGGCUUGAAGAGCUGUGGACAUGGAUGAUUAAGUUCAAGGAUGCUGUCUAUGGUAUUUUGUGGCAGGCUGCUUCUGAUGCUACAAAGCUUCUGGCUCUGAAAUUCUUGGAGACGUGUGUUUUACUUUUUACACCUGACUCCAAUGAAUCUGAGAAACCUACUCCGGAAGUUAUGACUAGACACUGGGCUUUUAAUGUUUCAUGGCUGGAUGGUGGCCACCCUGUGCUUAAUCCAGUUGCUCUUACAUCGGAAGCAAAUAGAUCCAUUGCCAUCCUACUGAAUUUGUUGCGAUCGGCCAGCAGUCUUUCUGGAUCAUUGACAAUAUGUGUUAUUAACUGUCUAUCAACCAUUGCGAGAAAGAGGCCCCUCCACUAUGAUUCUAUUCUUUCUGCAUUUCUUGACUUCGAACCAAACUAUGAGGCAGCGAGGGGAUGUCAUAUGGCCAGUGUUCAUUAUUCGAUAAGGACUGCUUUUCUGGGGUUCCUUAGGUGCACUUUUCCUGCUAUUUUGGAGUCAAGAGACAGAUUACUUGGGGCACUACGGGGAAUGAAUGCUGGAGACGCUGCUGAUCAAGUUAUCCGUCAAGUUGAUAAAAUGAUAAAAAAUAGUGAGCGUGCUUCACGUGAUGCCCGGUUAUCUAGGGAUGAUCAGGCAUCAAGUCAGGUUCCUGUUGGAGGUGAUACCAUAAGAAAAAGGCCCAUGCCUGUGGAAAAUGAAGAACCAAAUAAUGCUCAUGAUAUGGCUUCCAAAAGAAUUCAUCAUGGUCCUAACACACACUCUGAUCUGCCCAUUCAAAACAGUGAUUCUGGGUGGGAUUACACUGCCAAUGGAGUAUCUUCUAAGGUUUCUCUUCUUGAUAGUGGCUUGAGUCCCGUGGAACAAAUGAUUGCCGUGAUUAGUGCUUUAAUCGCAGAAGGGGAGAGAGGUGCUAAAUCACUUGAAAUUUUAAUAUCUGAAAUUCAACCUGAUCUGUUGGCUGAUAUUGUCAUGGUUAACAUGUGGCACUUGCCGAAAAGCUGUCCACCAUUACUGAGACAUUACGGCCUGCCAGUGACUUCUCAAAGUGGUUCUAGUGGUCCACCUUCGGUUGAUGUACCAAUUGGUUCCCCUUCUGUUCAGUCUCCCGUACAAACACUUUCCUCUUCAUCUAAUGCAGUCUGCAUGGUAGUGCCCGAGUUGUCUACUUCCUCUAACCUUCCAGCAGAACCCAAGCGUGACCCAAGACGGGAUCCACGGCGCCUUGACCCACGGCGUGCAGCAGUAUCUGUUGAGGUGCCACAGAUGCUUCAUGUGGAUGACACAGAAGAUAUGCAAUCUGAGAUUGCUUCUUCACUGGUCACAACUGUUGAAACUACAUCUGGAUCUUUUUUGCCUAAAAUUGACGAUGAUGCACAAAAACUAGAAAGUCCAGUUGUGUCUAGAUGCAAUCAAUUGGAUCCUGUGGAGGAGAAGGUUCUGGAAGUAGCUUCCCAGGAAAAUGCCCCUGCUGUUGAGGUUGAUGAACCUUUGCUUUCUCCUGUUCACAGAACUGACGAGGAUUUAGCAGAAUCAAGGUUAUCAGAUAUUUCAACUCCAGAUGAUUCUCAUAAAUCAUCUGCACUACAAGCUGAUGAACUUUCUCCAGCUGCUUCAGAAAUGAAUAUCUUAGAAGAGGCCUGCCCUGAUUUACCUGUUCUUCCAUUAUAUGUUGACCUGACUGAAGAACAGCAAAGAAAUGUGAGAAAAUUGGCUACCGAAAGGAUUAUUUACGCUUACAAGCCUUUACAAGGGGCAGAUUGUAGCCAGACAAGAAUAGCAUUGCUAGCUAGAUUGGUUGCUCAGUGUGAUGCUGAUGAUGACAUGGUUGGGAUGAUACAGAAACAUAUUGUCUCAGAAUACCAAUUGCAGAAGGGACAUGAGCUUGCGAUGCAUGUGUUGUACCAUUUGCACUCUCUUAUGGUUUCUGAUUCUGUUGAACUAUCUUCUUUUGCUGCUAUUGCGUAUGAAAAAUUCCUCCUGGGGGUGGCAAAAUCUUUGCUGGAUGCUCUGCCAGCAACAGACAAAUCCUUUAGUCGACUUUUGGGGGAAGUUCCACUUUUGCCUGAUUCUGCAUUGAAAUUAUUGGACAACUUAUGCUGCUCUGAUUAUCAAUGUGGAAAAGAUGGACGUGAUGGUGAUCAUGUGACUCAGGGCCUUGGUGCUGUGUGGAGCUUGGUUUUGGGCCGUCCACUAAAUCGGCAAGCCUGCUUGGAUAUUGCAUUGAAGUGUGCUAUCCAUCCACAUGAUGACAUUCGUUCAAAAGCUAUUCGACUGGUGGCAAACAAACUCUAUGUCCUUAACUAUAUUUCAACAGAUAUUGAGCAAUUUGCAAUGAAAAUGUUUUUGUCAGCCGUUGAGCAACGCAUUUCAGAUGCAGAGCUCCCUCAAUCUGUAUCUGCUGAGCAAAGAACAGAAUGGGAGAGAGGAAGACAGGAAACAUCCAUUAGUGGUUCACAGUUGUCAGAGCCUGGAACAUCUGAAAAUGACUUGAAGGGUGAACAAUCUGAUAUGCAAAGUGAUUCGCCAGUUUCAUUUUCUGAAGCUCAACGCCUCGUUUCUCUAUUUUUUGCUUUAUGUAUAAAGAAUCCUAGACGACUUCAACUUGUAUUUGAAAAUUAUACUCGAGCUCCGAAGGCUGUUAAGCAGGCCAUCCACCGUCACAUUCCUAGUCUUACGAGAUCCCUGGGGUCAUCAUAUUCUGAAUUGCUUCGUAUAAUAUCUGAUCCGCCACAAGGAAGUGAAAAUCUUCUGAAGCAGGUCCUAAGCAUAUUGUCUGAAGGGACGCCUCCUUCAGCUGAUCUAAUUGACACUGUCAAACACUUAUAUGAAACUAAAAUGAAGGAUGCUACAAUUCUAAUUCCAAUGCUAUCAUCAUUUUCCAAAACUGAGGUUUUACCCAUUUUCCCUCGGCUUGUUGACCUUCCUUUGGACAAGUUUCAGACAGCACUUGCUCACAUAUUACAGGGUUCAGCACAUACAGGUCCAGCAUUGACACCAGCAGAAGUUUUGGUUGCAAUCCAUGGGAUUACUCCUGAGAAAGAUGGACUUGCACUUAAAAAGAUUACAGAUGCUUGCUCAGCUUGCUUUGAGCAGCGGACCGUUUUCACACAGCAGGUUUUGGCGAAGGCCUUGAACCAGAUGGUUGACCAAACCCCUUUACCCCUACUCUUCAUGAGAACAGUAAUUCAAGCAAUUGACGCUUUCCCUGCACUGGUUGAUUUUGUGAUGGAAAUACUUUCCAAGCUCGUGAGUAAACAGAUUUGGAGAAUGCCAAAGUUAUGGGUUGGGUUCCUAAAAUGUGUCUCUCAAACACAGCCACACUCUUUUCAUGUAUUAUUACAGCUACCUCCACCGCAGCUUGAAAGUGCUCUCAACAAGUAUGCAAGCCUUAGAGGUCCACUUGCUGCUUAUGCCAGCCAACGACCUAUAAGAACUUCUCUACCUAGAUCGGUGCUUGUACUUCUUGGCCUUGCAAAUGAAUCACAGAUGCAAGAAUCGCGGGUGCCAUCUGCCUUGCACGCUUCAGAAACAAGUUCUUCUGUUCAUGGUGCAACACUAACAUGAUUUCUUAGCCGCCACCAUGUCGCAUCACUCAAUGCUGAAGGGGAAUAUAACUUAUAAACUGGGUCGUGAGACUAAAAGGAGAAGAUUGACAAAAGGAUUUCACCGCAAGAAAGCUGCUGCUCUCGGCAUGGACAACAGAAAUUUCUCUCUCUCGUGCUUUUUAUUUUUCUUCCAAAUUUAGUUUAGUUUUGAUUGUCAAACUGGAAUAGUUCUGUACAUGUAUAAUAAAAAUUUUCCAUCUUGGGUAGGUAUAGCUUUAGCCAAAAAAUUUCUAUAUGGUGGAUUUGAUAUGUGAUUUUGUUCAAGCAUUGUAUCAGUUGCUGCAUUUGUUCUUAGUCAAGGUUGUUGUGUCUCAACAUCCAAAAGGAAAGGAAAGGAGCAAAAUUGUUAUGGUCU